AUGCCCGGUCUAGCCAUGGACGGCUCCGGCGCAGUCCUUCCUGGUACAGGAGUCGCGGAUGCACACUGCGGUCCAUCUCGCAUUUCGUGUCAACCUAAUGGAAGAGUCAGCUUGAAUGGGGAUGGAGAUCCUUCCAUUUCAUUCAUGGAACAAUUCCCUAGGCUAUCUGACGGCCAUCAAGCGUCUCUCGACGAUCUGCCCCCUGAGCUUGCCCAUAUUACUCUUGGUUUUUUUCCCUUCGCCCGCCUUAUCAGUAGAGUUGUCCAGCAGUCAUGGAAUGACUUGAACGAACUUGUCAACGAUAUAGGGAGCAGCCCGCCAUCACAGGUUGAUGUGGUGGCCCGGUUAGGAUCCGCCAACCCGCUGAGCGGUAAAUACCGCGGCGAGCAACAUACUGAAAACGCUUUGAAUAAAAUAAGGCUUCUUGAAUUUGCCCAUACAAAACGGGUCGAAUUCAUUAAGCUAUUAGUACUUUCGCAAUGGAGUCGGCAGGCGAACGAAGUGAGCCGGCUUAUUGAUAUCCAAGCUUUCAUUCGUAUGCGCUAUAGCCUCUAUGGAAUGGUUCUUCAUCGAAUCGGAAAUAUGAAACAAGACCUUGUCGGUGCGCAAUUGGCAAACCCGGAUUUAGGGACUGCUUUGCACAUUUUGUCAAAUGAAGGAAAUGAAACGAUACCAGCGUUCGGAUUUCUCUCUCCAAAACCUUUAGGACCAAGGCGAAUGCUAAACGUGCUCCGAAGAAUCAACAAGCUCAUCAGUAUGCGGUUGACAACUUGUGAUAACAUCCCCUCCGCCUUCAAGAACCACUCCAUCCAAGAUGGGAGGGUCACCUUGAUUGUUCCUGGCGAGUUCGAAAUUGAUCUUUCUGUCGCAUUCGAAACCAACUCAGCACAGUUCUUUUUUGUUGAUAUGAGAUUCUUGUUCUUCCCUUCAUCAUGUCCAAAUGGGGAACUACAAAGAAUUCUGGAUCAGAAAGUUAACGCCGCCUUGAUGAAUUUUGGACUCAUUGGAUGCUUUAACUUGAUGCAUAACCUCACGCUGACCCAUAAGAUUACCAUCCUUUUUAAGCAGGCAGCGGACCUUACGCGCACCUUCUGGGCGGACCACUUGCGCGUUGAAUUACUUCAUCGCACACUGAUUAUACAAUAUUGGACCAAAAAACCAGGAAAAAGUUGGAUCGAAAUAGGCAUUCGCAGUGGCACAAAACGGCCUACAGAAGGUGCAGGGACGGAUACGUCUUUCCUGCAUCUGCGCUGGGUUCGUGAUAAUGAAGAAGUUGAUGCCACAGAGAUAGAUUUUAAUUUAACACAAUUAAGUGCCGAGUCAAUCCUUUUCAGCGUCGUUUCUCUACAUAUUACGCACAUCCUACGAAUUACAUUUGAGCGCCUUCACCAAAAGGCUUUGUAUAGCCUAGGCGCACUUUACCUUGGCAUGGGCGCUUCAUCAAUGGAACCAGGGGAUUGCCACCUCGAAGUGCAGUUCACGCAGACUCGCCGCAUGAACAUGGUGGUGGAGCCUGUAUCAGGCGAUAUAACCCUGCGCAUUGGACCGUCACCGAUAACAAGGUACGAUCCAGAAAUAAUUUUCGACAAAAAUCCUGUCGAAAACGUCGUUGAGCGAAUAUCAAGGCUCCGCUGUGCCGUCGCGUUAGAAGAAGUCGAAUCUCAUGCAAAAGCCGUCGGGUGGAUUUCACUGAACUUGAGGCACAUCAGUCCCGACAACUUGCAGCGAGUAUUCCCGUCGAUUGCUCUUCGACGUCUAUACAAUACGCCAUUUUCUAGCUUUGCCAAUGCCCUAUCCGGGAUGAUUGUGGUCCGGUCCAAUCUCGAGUUCUUGAGUGAAUUUACUACAAUUCGCUUUUUCCCAUCUACCAAAGGUCUAGUGUUGCAACCUUAUCUUCGUGUUCCUAAUAUUUACAUCCACCUCUCCACAACGUUUCCAACCGAAAAGCAUAAACGGUCGUUUUUAGAUGAAAGACUUCGGAUAUCGUACAGAGGAAUUGACCAGCAGUCUGGUCACGCUAUGACAGUGGUUCAUGGUCGAUUCACCACCACUGUUGACGAUUUUGGCGCACUAUUUGCAAGGCCAAACAAGGGCUUUUCCUUUCAGACCAACGGAAGUGGCUUUACCAUGGUGUUCUCUACCCCUAUUGGCUUGCCCAUAAUCACCAGGUUGCUUGACAGGUUACACCAGAUUGAUAACAUGGUUUUUGCCGUUGAGCUAUUGAAAUCUAAAGGAUUCAAAAUCUUCCUUCUGUCACCCUUGCGAAUUUCUUUCGCCUAUCCAUCACGAAAAGAAUUUCGAGGGAGCAUCAGAUAUUCUUAUGAGGAGAAAAGUUCCCAAACCAGGUCGGAGUCGUGUGUUAUUCCAGUCUCAGAUCCUAGUUCAAUCACACACCCUCGUAUCGACAUUGGCUUCAAUCACCAAAACCCUCAUCGGCGCAUUAGGGAAUCGCUCUCCGAAAUUCUCACCUUCCACAGAGAUGGUCUGAAGUUGGUUCUCGAGCUCCUUAAUGCGACACUUCCCUUGCUAUGCGCUUUAGAACAAAUAUGCGGCGACGCAUAUUCUAGGAAUGCACGAUGGUUCGAAACCCAAUUUACAGCACGCAGCGCAAAGAUGUAUCAAAUUCGAUACCCAUUCAUCCGCCAUCGCUUUAAUCUCAGCGCCAGCCAGCGGAAAAGUCAUGUAGUCUGGGUCCUACAAAAUUCGACUCGAGGAUCUGACAGGUCCAAUCACCCUUCUCUAGAGCUCCGUUUAAGAAAUGAAAUUUACAGUGUUCAAGGUGACGGGUGGAGGGGAAUCAACCAUGGUGGCAUUGCUUCCUCAACAAGUGUUGAUCGUCUCGUCUUUGGUCUCCAUAACUUGGUCACGUCUUACAUCGCACAAAUGACACCUCGGAAUCCAAACGAUAGGCUGACCGAGUCGAUCCCAAACGUUAGUCAUGGACUCGAGGGGCACUCCCUCAAGACUGAAAAUCAAAGCGGGCAAGAUGACCGUUUUUCUCUUGCCUCUAAACCUGCCAUCAACGGCGCGAAUGGUAGCCCAGAUACAAAUGUUCAAAGUGCUCAGCAAGAAAGGACUACUGAUGUAGAUGUAAUCUCAAUCGACUGA